AUGAAUCGCUGGUUGACAAGGAAGAAGGAUGGCGUGGAGGAGCCCGCGACUGGAAAGAAGGCGAAGAAGGGCAAGAAGGGACAAGAGGAGGUCAAACCAGAUUUUAACCUCGACGCCGCAUUGCCCAAGGUGGACGACUUCCGGACGAGCUUGAUCAUGCCAGGCCUGUCGACGCGCUUCAGCAUGUUGCGCGACCAAGACGACCCAAACUCAAAGAUGGGCAAGGCGAGUGACGACAGCGUCCUGGCACCCAAACGCCAGUCGCGGCUGCACGAGUUCGGCUUCGUGCCCGGAGGACUUUCAGACAUUGCCGAGGUGUCCUCGCUGAGCGGAUCAAUACGACCACCAUUUGCCAAUGAGCGAUCGAAUUCCUUCGACAGCAGAGACGAUGAUGACGGGUCCGGCAGCAUGAUGAGCCGGGCUAGGCCCGGCGAGGGCAACAUUCUGUUUGGAGGUCGUCAAAAGAUCUACAUGAUCUCCAACAACAGCUCCAAGGGGCUGGGGCGGACACUGUAUGACGAUGAUGUGAACCUGUCUGCUUACCAGAAGCUGCGCCGGGAAGAGAAGGACAGACUCAGGCAGCAGGAGGCUGAUGAGCAAAACGGUCUCCAUUCUGAGCCGUCCAGCCCUUCCGCACUCAGCCGGAAGCGAGAGACGUCUUCGUCUACCAACUCGGGCACCGUCGAGACGCGCAUAUCGACGGCCGCCACAUCCAUCGCCUCUCAAGGUGCCAACUCUGUUGCCGUCAGUUCGCCCUCAUAUCCCACCCUCAACAGCCCAAUCUUUCCGGAGACGGGCCGCUCCACCGCAAAGCCUCGAAGGCUCUACGAUCAAGGACUCGACCUCCACAUCCAAGAGCAACAGUCGUCUUCCAUGAAUCGCCUCAACUCAAUACAGAGGGCACGAGCUCCUACGGGACGCUCAACCCCUCCCAUCCCAUUCGCCAGGUCUGCGACCAACCUCAGUGACCGAUUCAACCGGGGCCCUGCAUUCCGCUCCGAGAGCCCCAGUUCCCUGAUGCAGCCUGGCAUGAGCAGGAACAAUUCGUCUGCUGGAACAAGUCCGGUGCUCAGUCGACCCCAGUCACCGGCAUUGAUAAGUCCCAUUACGAGCGACAGUGAAGAUGCCCAUGCACUCAAUGCUGCGCUCCAGCCCAACGAUCGCGGCAAGGCAACAGCAAUGGGUGCCUUCAAUAAGCCAAAGGGGGCAUUCAGCGAACAGCAAUAUGCAGAGCGUCUGAGACAUCUGCAUCGAGAACGCGACAUACCUGAGGCGCAAGCGCCUGCACCCAAGGCAGAACGUUCUCCACCGCGAAAGCCUACCUUACGCGAACGUGCCGAGCAAGAAAAGAGGAGGCGUGCAGGAUCUGUAGCAUCUGACCAGCAGAGGGCCGAGUCUCCAGCUGAACCCGCUCCAGCACCGUCUGCCUUCUCUAGAUUCCAAGCAGCAGCCAGCCAGAUGAAGGUCUCUGGCCCAGCGUCACCAGCUGCAGCUUCAGAUCAUUCAGAUCAGGCUUCUGCGGGAGCCGGACCCCCUUAUAACAAAGCCACCUUUUUGGACUCUCGAGACUCGAGUGACAACGAGGGGGAGAUACCAGAGAGGUCCACCGUUCGCCCUUUGGAGCCAACACGACGUUUUGAGAAUCUGCCUACUGCGACUGGACCUGCGCCUUCGAUAUUUGAGCAUCCGGCAAUGCGAUCUCGAAGCGCAUCUCGUGGACCGGCUGACCAGAGGUCUCCUUCUCGCGAGCCACCGCGAUCUGAUGCUUCCCUUGUAAUUGCUGGUGGCGAUGUUGACUCACCAACACUCGGCCCCGACAAUGGUGGACUCAGUGGCCUCAUCCGCCAGCAUCUCCGCAACGUCAGCAAUGUUUCGUCAAACUACGGUGAGACAGAUAAUGGAAUGAUGAGCCCACCGGCGACUACACCAGCAGGUCUUGCUUUGCGAACUCAGAACAUCGGACUGCAGCCUCGGCAAGCCAGUUCUGAGAGUGUCACUCCUGCGCCAUCGACUUACAGUCACUCGAACCCAUGGGAUUUGGAUGACAUUGAGAACCCGUACCGCGACGAAGGCCGAAGCAAUCACUCUAUCAGUCCUGUUGAGAACCAGAAGGUGAACGUGCAAGAUACCCUCCUGACACCAAAUUCGACCGAGCCGACCUCGCAGUGGGACCUGACUCCCAAACGACAUGAGCGUGUUGCAAGUAACGAGAGCGAAGGUGACCACGAAGCUUUCCAACGGGAUCUUGCCCAGCGCCAGCGAGUCAUCCAAGAAAAUCUCCGUGCCAGAGCUGAAGGGCGCUCGACCAGUCCCGCCCCAGUUCCCGCCUCUGGAGGAGGACUCAAGACUGCUCUGAACAUGCUCCGUGCAAAGUCGAGUCGUGAGUCUUUCGCAACAGUUGACCGACAUCCAGACCUGCCAGUGAGGGCUCCACGGAAGUUGACACUUGGUACGGCUUCUCGAAAUGCCAGCAGCACUUCUUUAGUCGGGUUGUCCCCGAACGACCAAGUCCGACCUGAGAUGCCCCCCAUGAGGUCAAAGCCUUCGCGAGUGCUGCGACAAAGCGAGCAAGAUGCCCAGCGUGAAUCUGCGAACCGACAGCGGUCCGGAACUGACAGCAGUCGCACUGGCAGACCCACUGGUCGAUCACCCCCUAGGUCAGCAAAAAGCUCUACGCGUGAGCGCUCGAGCUCCGGCACUUCGAACGGUCGGUCACGAAGCCGUCCAGGAGAAUAUCGCGAUGAUCUUGACCAGGCCAUGACAGAGGGUUCCAGAAGCGCAUACCCACCAAACACGCUUCCAUCAAUGCCCGGUUAUGUCGCCCAUGCAACUCCUCCGCUGCCUUCUGAGAGGCCGUCCAUAGACAGUCAAGGGCGCAUGCGUUCGCGUAGCAACAGCAGAACGACAGCUGCGAACUACUUCGAGUCGAAGCACCUGCAACCUCUUCAGACUGGCCCUGGCUCAGCUAACGGGUCGCCGCGUCUAGGACUCCCGAAGUACUCCCCUGGGAUACCAAUCUCACCGCGUCCUUCUCCUGGUGGCUACAACAGCUCUCUGCCAUCACCAAUGCCGGCCUUUUCAUCGAACCACACUCCUCCUGUUUCCAAUCCUACGACACCCAACGCAGCCAUGUUCAACCCCAACAAUGUGCAGCCGAGGCAAGGAAUGCUCAGGAAGAAGUCUGUUGCGAAGGCGGACAUUUCCGAGCCAGUCCUGUUGUCGAUGACGACUCAAAUCGACACGGUCAAUCUGCCACCAGGCGCAUCGUUGAAGAACGGUCAAGAAUACGAUGCACCACCCGUGCCUCCCAUCAACCCUAUGCGCAAGCGAUUUGGGUUUGGUCGGUCAGGAACUGCGGAAAGCAUCAACCCUUACGAUCCUGCUAUCCAACCCGGCUUUGACGCUCCCCGCGCACCAUACGCCGAGCCAACGAGGACCAACUCGUCGGAUGCGCUACCUGGCGCCCAGCAACCCAGAACAAGGUUGAGGAAGUCAUCGAGCGAGGGCAGAAGCUUACGCGGCCCAGGCCAGCCACAGUCUGGACCGUCACCACCGCUACCCCAGGGCGUCUUUGGUGGCCGCAAUGGCUCGCCGCCACGACCCAUCAAUGACAGGCCCGUUGCCCAGAGGCCCAUGGACGGUGCUAUGUUCUGA